AUGCAGUCGAGGGAGACGCCGAAGGUCGAGAGCACCCAGGAACCUGAGGUGGGACCGGCGACACGCAUGGAACUACAGCGGUGCCUGCGAAGCGAGGCCGCCACGCCUGCACCGGCGCCGGCUGAGGAGCUUGUGGAUGCCGGGGCCACCACUACGGCGGCAGGUGCCACUGCAUCAGCACCUUCCCUGGCCUUUGCGGCCCAUCUCGCCAGCAGCUUCGUCCGAAUAUCCGAGGACGGUCAAACGGCGGAGCACAUGGAUCCAAAUGGUCCGGCGCUACAGGGCGUUCUGUUUGGAUCGGGUCCCAUUCCGACUUUUGCGGCGGGCGCGUACUUCGAAGUGAUGGUUCAAAAGGCAAACCUGAACGAAGAGGAUGGCUUGACGCUGGGCGUGACGCCCGCGCUCCCCACAGCGAUCACAGAGCCCUUCACAACGGCGGACGACGUUCCCAACUCCUACUGCUUCGGCUUCGACGGGAUCGCAAUUCUACCGGACACCGAUGACCCCAUCCAGACUGGCUGGAACCCCAAGGACGUGCGCGUGGGAGACCGCGUGGGCUUGCUGGUCACCUCCGGAGGUGAAGGACAGGUCUUCUGCAACGGCGCGCUGAAGGUGUCGGGCGUUAUGGGCCUUCCAGUGGGGGUGCCGCUGUAUCCCAUCGUGGAUUUGCUCGGCAGCGCCGUGUCCGUCUCCUUGCUGCCCACCGCACAACCACCCCUACCAGAUGCAGGUCAUCCUGCACCACCCACGGCUACACAGAGCCUCCCAGCCUCCAGCCCUCCCACGGGCACAAGCAAGGCCGGGCCCCCUCACCCGAUGCCGGGACCCAUAGCCACACCUGCAGCCACACCUACACACGCACCUACACCCGCACCUACACCCGCACCCACACCCGCACCUGCACCUACACCUGCACCUGCACCUGCAUCCACCCCCACACCUACACCGGCCCCCGCACCAGCAGUGCCCCCUGCCGCACCCACCGCUGCCAUGCCCAAGACCGCGCCUGCCGCCGCCGUGCUCCCUGCCACCAGCCUCCCUGCCGUCACGCCUGCCUUGGCAGCAGCCGCCCUGCCAAAGGCCGCGGCGGUUGCCGAAGCCAAGGCGAAGUCGGAAACACCGCAGAGUAAGGAGGUAAAUCUGGCAGCUGCCCAGCAAGGGCCCCGCUUCAGUUCGUUCCUGAAGGGGCAGAUGGUCUGCCUGUCUGAGGAGAACACGGUCGCCUCUAAGCACUCCGUGGAUGCGGAGGCCCUACAUGGCGUGGUCUUCCUCGAGGGAAGGAUGCCGGCCGUGCCUGGAGGAUUCUACUUCGAGGUGCGCGUGGAGCAGACGCUGGCGACGGAGCUGGAUGGAUUAGUCUUGGGCGUGUGCGGCCGGCGUCCGGCGAAGGAGGACAUGGCGGCCUUCGAGACCGCCGACGACGUACCCAACUCUUUGACACUGGGAUACAACGGAGAAAUGCGGCUACAUGACGAGGACGAGAACGUGCCGAUUGGAUGGAAUCCCAAGGACUUGCAAGUCGGCGACGUGGUGGGCCUCUUUGUGGGCGAGGACGGAGAAGGCGUGCUGUAUCAGAACGGCGUGGAGAAGCUCUCCAACAUUUCUGGCCUUCCCCCAAGCAAGACCCUGUACGCCUUCGUCGACCUCUUGGGCAACACCGCUGCCGUGCGGCUAAUGCCGGGGAAUCCCCCAGCGCGACCUGCGAGGCCGCCGAAGCCCCCGCUGAUUGCCUACGACCUGGGCCAGGAGAUGCUCCUUGCGCAGUGCAAGCUGCCCGGGUCGGCAGAGGGCGCCGUCGUCUUCGGCAACGGGGCAGCGCCAGUCUUUGGGGCGGGGCACUUCUUUCAGGUCCGACUGGAGGCCCUGCGGCCCGGGGCUGCCGGCCCUGCCCUGGGUCUGAGCCUCGGCGGCGGCGAGGCGGUGCCCGCCGCUGGGAGGGAGGUGCCACAGUCCUGCAGCAUCGGCUACGAUGGCAAAGCUUACGCUGCAGGCCGGACAGAGCCAAUUCCCUUGGAGUGGUCGCCAAGCGCCCUCCAGAGUGGCGACACGAUGGGGUUGCUGGCGGCUCCCAAUGGCCUCCUCUCGCUGUGCGUCAACGGCCGCUACGUGGUCCGUGAUGUCGCAGGCAACCUUCCCAGCAGUCAAGCGCUGCUUCCCUUCGUGGACUUCGGGCAGCGCGGCACGGCGAUUUCUCUGGACUUGCACGCGGAGCCACCCGACCGGAGGUUCAGCGGCUUCAGCAGCGCUCUCCUGACCCCCAUCGUGAGCCUCAAGGGCCUGGUGGCGCGGCCCCUGAGGCUGACAGGCUCUUGGAAGGCCGGCUGUGGGCUGGACCCCGACCCAGCGUUUUUGCUGGCCUAG